AUGGUGGAGUACCCAGGUGCGACCAGCUGUCAGGGCUUGUGUGGACUGAAGAUAUUUAAUCCUCCUGUGCCAGUAACCCAGAACAUAGGGACACUCCAUCCGGGCAAGAUGAUCUUCAUCAGUGGAACCCCAAAUCCAGAUUGUCCCGGAUUUUCAAACAACGCCAAGAGCGGAAAUGAAAAUGCUUUCCACUUUGACGUUCGCUUUAGUUUUGGAAACGACACAAAUGUGAUCGUAAGGAAUGCUAAGCAAGAUACGAAAUGGGGCACACCCGAGGAGACGCUGAGUUCUUCCUUCCCGUUCUGUCGUGGAAAUUCCUUUGAAAUUAUUAUCCUUGUUGAGUUAUCAUGUUACAAGGUCGCAGUAAACAACCAACACUUGGUCGAGUUCAACCAUCGUUUUCCGCUGAAUAAAGUUGACCUACUCCGUAAUCGAGGUGAUGUAAAAAUUUCCAUGGUCAGAAUUCAAGGUUGAAUAUUAUAAAAGGACAAAGUCAAGUCCAGUUUACCGAAAGAAUAUUUAUUAUUGACAUUGGUUUUCUGUUUUACCAUAUUAACC